GAGUUGCAAGUUGCCUUAAAGUCAUCUAUUUCAGAGCUGUCUGGGGGAAAUUAAAGCUCAACCCCAUUGCCUACUUCUGGAGGGACACAAGAGCCUGGAACCACAUGAAAGGUCCUGACAAAGCAGAAGCCGGCUUGAAGCGAUCUGGGCUUUCCCAGAACUCGAAACAGUCUGCGCCAGUCAUCACAGCAGGACAGUGCCAGCGCCAGAGAUGUAGGUCAGGCUCUGCUGCCUUUUCCACUUGCUUCGGGGGCUCAGUUCUGAGCGGAGCAUCGUGAGGAGGGGAGAAUUCAUGGCGUCUCACCACUUUCCGACAUGAGAAAAGCUCUCAGCCAAUGGGAAGUAGUAAUAGCAUUUUGUCUAUUCUUCAACUGGACUUAUGGAGAUCUAACAAAGGUCACUUGCUCUGGUUGGGUCUGGGUAGAGCCAGCCCCUGUCUUUGAGAUGGGACUGAGUGUUUCUAUCAUUUGCCAGUCCAAUCUGCGACACUGCCAGCCAAGGGAGUUCCAUUUGUAUAAAACCAGCAAACACGCCCAGGACAGGUUUCAUAUGGAAAAAAUCAACCGAACAACAGCUCAGCUCCGGCUUAGCAACUUCCAAGAGCCCAAGGCCCAUGUGUUCUGUACAGUGGCAUGUGCCAGGCAAGAUGGAGAGACACUGAUAUGCGGGAAAGACAUUGCUUCUGGCUACCCUCCGGCUGUUCCUGCCAAUUUAACGUGCUUCAUUGCGGAACAUUCCGGCAACAUGACGUGCACGUGGGACGCUGGGAGCCCCACCUACAUGGACACCCACUACAGCGUGCACGUGAGGAGCUUGCAGACAGGAGAAGAACAACUCUAUCUUACUUCAAAGUAUAUCAGCAUUUCGACCAACACACUGCAAAGUGGUAGACUGUACUCCAUCUGGGUGCAAGCGUCAAAUGCCCUUGGCACAGAAGAGUCCGACCACCUGCAAGUUAACCUCGAUGAAAUAGUGAUCCCUGCCCUCCCGGUCAUCACGAGGGCUGAGGAUCUCAGGACCUCCGUGCCCACCACCAUCAUCCAUUGGCAAAGUCUGACACUAAUGGCUGGAGUGUCCUGUGAGAUGAGACACAAGGCGGCCACAAGCCCGGCUUGGAAGGUAAAAGAACUGGAGAUCAAUCUGAGCUCAAUUCAAUACACAGCACUGGAGCCCGGCACCAAGUAUGAGUUUCAAGCUCGCUGUCGACAGAUGGGGAAGGGCCACGGGCAGGCGUGGAGCGAGCCCUUUUUCCACACCACCCCAGCAGCCGUUGCCCAGGUCUCCUGGAAACCGCUCCAAGACCCGCCUCGCCGCAUCGUACCUCUAAAUGCUUCCAUCUUUAAAGACCGUUUGAUUUCGGGCAAUAGAAAUCCCAGCGCUGGACUUUUGGCUGGAAUGGUCCUGGGUAUCAUGGUGCUGUCUGCUCUUUUCCUGACCGUGAUAUUUAAACAGUCCCUCCGAGUUAGAAUUAAAGGAAGACUCCUGUUGCUCCUACCAAGCUGGCUUCAUGAGGACAUUCCCAAUGUGAGGAAUAGCUGUGCUCUGAAGACCCUCCAGGAAACCGAUGAGUUCAUGACGCGCCACUCGGGGGCGUCGCUCCUGGCCCCGGACCCCGUCAUCACGGAGCUAGAGGAGGCCUCUCCCCACGGAGCAGGCAGCAGAGCCGAGCUCGCGGCCCUCAGGGACCCCGGGGAAAGCGCUCCGCUUGGGGAUCUGACUGUCCCUUAUCUCCCUGCUCCCGGCACCGGCUACAGGCCGCAGAUGUCCCACGCGCUUCCUUCGGGGAGCCCUCCCGGUGCGACGAGGGACCCGGGGCUCUCGGCCCUCGAAUGCCAAGGCGCCUCCCUGGGCUUGGGCAAGAACGUGGUGAUCAGAGCCUGCCCGAGCCCCGUGUUCCCCGGCUCCGGCACGAGGGCCGGGAGGGACUUCUUAUCCCUGGAAGAAAUCGGCCUCGUCUUGGACAGCAGUGAGCGCGGCCCAGUGGGAGGACCAGAAGAGGCUGACCUGGAGGCUGGGAUGCUCUUGGAGAAGCAGCCGUCCAGGGAGAGCCGUCCGGAGCAGAGCCUGCUGCCCGCUGCCCCGGCCUCCUGUGUGAGGCUCACAGGGGACGAGGAGGCCCCGGACGUCCGGUCUUAUUUUCCUCAGAGGUUUGGGAGGCCGUUUCCAUGAGACGCUCCUUCCAGGAGAGAGAUUUCGUCCCCCCAGUGGCCAGCCUGGCCCGGAGCCUCGUCUUUGCUCGAAGCUUUGGCGCCCUCUUUGUCCUCUCGUGGAUGGUCUGUUUGCGACGUCGGCUGGGGGAGCCGCGGCCCUUUCCCGUCCCAGCCAGUUUCCCUCUUUCUCUCGCUGGCCUCCCUCGAGGUAUCCUUGUACGGAGAAGAACGCCUUCCACGUGGGGACAGUCCAUGGGGGAGAGCCAUGGGGGGGGCACCGUGCUGACGAGGUGUUGGGCUAGGGAAGGGACCGUGCGCGGAGCAGGCUCUCCUGGGCAUCCCUGCUGGCUGGGCGCGCCUCUGCUGGCCCUGGUCCCGCUAGGGGACGCUCCUCCCCCCCCGAACCCUCGUGUCCUUGAGGUGGCUUUGGUGCCUCUUCCCAGGUGCCACCAGGCCUGUUUUCCUCUUUGGGCCGCCUGGAAGAGAUCAUCUGCCGGGCCGUUGGAACCUUCUGAGAGCGCGGCGUUCCGGGGUCCAAAGACGGCAAAGGCAGCCUCUGACCCAGCUGUGGGAAAGACGAGCCACUCGGCGUUACGGCAGUCCCGCAGUUUCUCAAAGGGGACCCAUCCGUGCAGCCUCUCCUGGGUAGUCCACGUUGGGCCCAGCUCACGUCCAGAAGUAGCAUCUCCCCAAAGAUGCCGGCUCGGAUGGACCACCCCAAUGGGCCGUCUCCCGGCCAUCUUCUUCUUCAUCAUCGUCCUCCUCCUUAAGGCUGGCGUUUACCCAGCAUUCUCGUGGUGGUUGGCAAAACAUUUGCUAUAUUAUCUCGUUUGAGCCUCACAGCAGGCCUGGGAGGUAGGUGCCGUUACCUCCUUCUUACAGGUGAGGAAAUGGAAGCCGAGAGAAUCUAAACGAUUUUCCGGGAGUCCCACAGCUAGGAAGUGAUUAUUACAGUGCCUGGCACACAGUCGGUGAUUAAUAAAUGCUUACCGACUUGUUGACGUGAUUGAGGAUUACCAUCUACUCUACUACCCAGGAAUCAGUCUUCGUCUAAUACAGAAAAACUUUAUUAUCCUCAAAUUCUUAUAGAGUCUUUACUCCAGAAGAUUUUUCCUGUGAUGCUCAUCCACUAAGGCAUGAUACCGAGAUUUAUGCUCCCCAAAGCUGCCCACAAGCAUCAUGGAGGAUGGCUUACCCAAAGGCCCAACACAAAAGCCAUUCCCUCUCCAUGAAGGUGCCUUCUUUAUGCUCUGGCUUGCCAUCGACAUUGGGCCAAUUGUCCUGGGCUCUGGAACACUACUCUUGGAACCUCUCAAAAGAGAUGAACCUCCACACCCACACGUGAAAAGUAAUGUAGAUGCUAAAAGCAAUUUUAUAUCACAUAUGUAGAUAGAUGGAUGCAUAUGUAAGUACACCGAGACAUAUAUGUGCAUAUUUACAAGGAAAUCUCUCAAAGGGCCAUAGAUCUAUACUUGGAAGAGACCUCAGAGACCAUCAAGACCAACUCCUUCAUUUUACACAAAAGGAAAUUGAGGCCCAAAGACAUAAAGGUGAUUUGUCCAAGGUCACACAGAAAGUAUGGAGGUGAGAUUCGAUUCCAGGUCCUCUGACUUCAGAAUCAGCUUUUUCCUUUUAGUGCCCAUAGCACUGUGCAGGGGAUAAGUGUUGGUACCCAGUGAUUAACUACCAAAAAAUGUCUUAUUUCCCCCAUUUGACUAUAAAUGAACUUGUUCUUUG